GUGCGCACUGCACUGAUUGUAUUUAGCGACGUCUGGGCAGGGAUAUCUGUUUCUUUCAUGCGUAAUAUCUUAUCGCACAGAACUGUCAUCAUGAAAGCAAUAAGUCCUGUGCGGUCUAUGAGAAACAACAUCACCAACUCGUCGGAACAUGCCCUCGGCAUCGCCCGGAGCAAAAGCCCGAUGGAUGAUCCUCUGAGUCUGAUGUACAAUAUGAACGACUGCUACACCAAGCUGAAAGAACUCGUGCCCAGCCUCCCGCAGAACAAGAACGUUAGUAAAAUUGAGAUAUUGCAGCAUGUUAUAGACUAUAUAUUAGACCUUCAGAUUGCACUGGACUCUAGCUCAAUCAUCUCCAGCUGCCAACAUCAGCAGCAGCGACCGGGACAGCCAGCAUCACCCAGGAACCCCUUAGCAACCAUCAACUCCGACAUCAGUCUCCUCACCUUUCAGUCAAAUGACCAGCUCCCCAAAGAGACAGAGACUGAUGACAGCUAAACUCUCCCUCUGACUGGUCUAUUACAGGUGUGUUUUAAACAGGACCCCAUGUUCACCUCCACUGGCUGGCUGGAUUUCCUCUUGACUUAAGUUUAUAUUUUUUCCUAAAAGGAGAUACAAGUAUGUGUUUUAUAGUUUUUAUUUAUCUACUGGCCUUUUAUUUUUUUCUUUCAACGGAAGAAUGAUAUCUCACCGACAAUGGAAACACAAGGACAGAAUAACUGACUGAAAAGAUAGUAUUGAAACGAGAUAUCUUUCGACGACAGGAUUCUGCCUUUUCCUGGGCAGGUGGCGCAUGAAACACAGGAGAACUCUCUAAAUGUUUGCUGUUUCUUACAGACGGACUAAUGGACACUCACUGUAUAUAAAUGUUAAGACAAAAAUCAUGCCUGUAUAGUAUCAGAUUGGUUGCAGAGAAUAUAAUGAGGAACGUUGUAAAUUGCACUUUUAUACAAUAAUAAAUUAGAUUCCUUAUACUGUACAAUUAUGUUAAUAUCCAUAUUAUGUUUUAUGAGGGAUUAUAUUGGAACUUUGUAAGUGGUGUAAAUAUACAGAUUUCCAACAACUGACAAUUUUCAACAUUGUCACUGGACCUUCUCUUACAUCGAAGGAUGGUGGAACUGCAUUCCAUUGAACUUGCUAUUAAAUGUAUCUGAAAGAUUCAGACUAUCAUUAGGCAGACCACAUAACAAGUCUCAAUGUAUUGCAGUUACUAAUCAUAUCCAGUUAUCCAGGAUGAUGGGCUGGUGCCCAUCUAGUCACUGGUGGUUCUCUGUAGCUCAGUUGGUAGAGCAUGAUGCUUUCAAUGCCAGGGAAGUGGGUUUGAUUCCCAGGACCAUUCAUACAUUAAUAACUUAUGCCCCAUGACUGUAAGUUACUUUCGAUAAAAUUGCAUAUUAUAUUAUUACAUAUUAA